AUGACACUAGUCAACAAUCCUGGGCCGAUUAGAACACUAGUCAACACUAUUCAACAGUACAAACACAGGGGCAUAUCAUCAAACACCUUUUAUAAUGACCCACCGCUCUUGGCCAGCCUCGGAGAGCUUCUCUUUCCAGUGGCCACCGCAGCCCCAAUCCUUCUCACUCCCUUGACCAAUUUCUUCUUUUUCUUCGUUUUCCUCUCAACAGCACCCGCGCCCACUUCAACCCUUUUACUCCUCGUCCUCCCCGCCACAGCACCACCAGCUUCGCCGCCACUGGCGGCGCCAAUCCCGCUCUCCCUUGCAACCCUCUCGAAAUCAUCCCCCAAUUUCCUCACCGGUCCCCUCUUCGCCGGCGGAACAUCCACCUCCUCGUCAUCCUCCUCAUCAAUCAACCCAACAACCCUGCGUCGCUUGAGAGCCACUGGAGGCGGCGGUGGAGACGGAGACGGAGAAUUUCUCACCCUGGAGGUGCCGCCUUUCUUACCGGAUUUGACAGCGGGCGAAUCUCCGGCGGAUUUUUUGGAGAUCUGCUCCCGCUGGGUUCGGAGCCUCUCGACCUUGCCCUCGAUCCGACCUUGGAGGCGGUGGCGCUUGAAGCUUAGGCCGCCCAUGGACCAAUGGGCAUCCAUCGCCCAGGACAUGAGUGGGUCCAGGACCAGGGGCGGCGGGUCGACCCGCUCGGGGUUUAAUUUGACGUCGGUGUAG